AUGGAAAGCACAGUCACCUUGGCUGGCCAUGUUCACUACAGCUUUCGGAAGUUCAAGGUUGACGAGUUCUACAUUGAUGUAGACUACUCGUCUGCUUUGAACCUCAAUAUCUCUGCUGCAGUCAACGCCCAGUAUUCGACCAACUUGUACAACUACAACCCUCUUUCCGUAUCUGUUUCAGCCUUCACUAUUCCCGGCAUCAUCGAUGUCGGCCCCAUGGUGAACUUCGGUCUCGGCAUCGAAUUUGCUGCAUCCGGUGUUGUCAAGGCGUCUGUGGACGUUGUCUCAACUAUUACCGAUGCUCAAGUUCACCUUGACUUUUUGGACUCCGCCAAGACCUCUACAACAGGCUGGAAGCCGCAGACCAACGUCACCACGGAUAUCACUGCUCAAGUUGAGCUUCAGCUAAAUCCGUUUGCUGACCUGACCGUUGCCCUGGGGGUCAAGCUUUUCAACGGUCUCCUAGACAUGUCUGCUGGAGUCGAGGCGAAGCCUCAGGUCGUCAACGUAUUUGCGGCGGACUUUGACUUCGCUUACACCAGCGCCAGCGGUGUUACCUUUGCAAAGCCUACUGAGGAUCAGUGCAAGAAUGGCGCUUGGUUUGCUAGCACUUUCCACUUGGGCGUUGAUGCAUAUGUCACGCAGUUCUACACCAAGAAAUUGUACGAGGUCGAUGUGCCGAUUUACCAGUCGCAAUGCUGGAAUUUUGUCCACUGA